UCCAUAGAAUCAUUUAUAUACAAUUCAGUAUAAAAAAUUUUUCAACAAUUAUUAAUUAAAUAAUAUUAAUAGUAUUAAUUGAAUAAGUAUUUUAAAUAUUAUGAACAUCCUGAUACUGAUCCUAAAUAUAUUAAUUGUAAUUAAAUUAUCCGAAGCCACAUUGUCGCCGCCUACAACUACCAGUAAUAAAAAAGAUAAAGUGAAGAUAGAAAUUCAGAAAGGACCUGUCAACAAAGACAUUUUUCAAAGGAAUUUAGUAAUUAAAGAUAUUACAAUAACUGACAUUAUUAGGGAAUCUAGAACAUAUUAUACAGACACUAAGCGUAGAAAAUUUUCUGGAGAAAUUUUAGGAUAUAUUACUCCUUGGAACAGUAAUGGAUAUGAAAUAUCAAAAACCUUUCAUGGGAAAUUCACAAUGGUAUCACCGGUAUGGUUGUCUAUAUUACCUAGUAAUAUAUCAACAUUUCAAUUACCAACACAUGAUGUUCAAAAAAAAUGGUUGAAAGAUAUGAGAUCUAUGAACAAUGAAAAUCAUAAUGUAAAAAUUUUGCCAAGAGUAUUAUUCGAACAUUGGUCAACCAAUGAUAUCACCGAGUUAGAAAAUAAUAUACAAAAGCAGCAACAACUCAUUACUGUAUUAUCUGAUACAGCAAAGUCAUAUCGUUUUGAUGGUUAUGUCUUAGAAAUAUGGAAUCAGUUUAUAUUUACGGGUAUCAAUGUGCAGAUUAUUUUGUCUGUGGUUAAAACAAUUUCUCAAAAAUUAAAGAACAAUCAUCUUGACAUAAUAUUAGCUGUUCCACCAUCAAGAGGUACGAAAGCACAGUUAUUUUCAAGGGACCAAUUCAAUGAAUUGGCACCCCAUGUUAAAGCUUUUUCUUUGAUGACAUAUGAUUACUCGAGUCUUGAACGACCUGGUCCUAAUAGUCCACUUGCUUGGGCAAAACAAUGUGUAGAAUUAUUAAUACCAAAUCAAAAUGAUCCUAGACGAAUUCAAAUCUUGCUAGGCAUCAAUUUUUAUGGAUACAAUUAUACACUAGAAGGUGGUGGACCUAUCUUAGGUUCACAAUACUUAAAAAGUCUUGAAUCAUUCAAAAGCAAGAUUCACUGGGAUGAUAAAAGUAAAGAACAUCUUUUUGAAACAAAGUCUUCUUUAGGCAAUAGAUAUAUUUUUUAUCCUACUCCGUAUUCCAUUAUACAUCGACUUGACCUUGCAGCAGAAUUAGGUACAGGUAUUGCUAUUUGGGAGCUUGGUCAAGGAUUGAAUUAUUUUUAUGAUUUGUUAUAAGAAUAUUUUAAUGAAGUAUCAUUCUGCCGAUCGGAUUUUCAUAAUCCAUUAAUUGAUAUACGUAUCUAAUGGCCUGUAAUUAAUUAACAAUAUUAUAACAAAUAUACUCUGAGAAUGCUAA